AUGAGCGAUAUCAGUGAGUCCGGGACUAGUCACGAUUAUUUUUAUGCAAUGAGUCACAGCCGUGACGGCGAAAGCGGACAACCCUGCUUGAAUACGUUCACAUUGACUAUUUGGCAAGAAAGUGCCCAACAUUUCUUGGACUUUUUGAAAUUCCGGCCAUUUGCGGUUGGGAGAUCAUCUUGGAAAAUGGAAGGAUACGCGGACUCCAGGAUGGAGAAGAACUGUCGGGCUUGUUCCACCAACUCAACGAUACUGGUGGAUCUCUUCUCAUCGGAUAUCUCAGAUCCACCAAUUUGGGAAAUGCUGAAUUCCAUUCUGGACGAGAACUGUCGCGUGAAUCGUGAUGCACUGCCACAGAAAAUCUGCCCCGCCUGCCUGGUGGCCGCCCAAAACGCCUUUCACUUUAAGGUGAAGUGCGAGCAGAGUUUCGAAUACUUUUCCCACCUUCUCCUGGAAAAAUUGGCCACCAAUCAGCGUAAAUUGCGGUGCAGAAAGGCUGAGAAGAGCCCAUUAAUAGCUUUCGAGAUGGUCGGCUGCGAGGAUCCAUUAGAUCCAAUUAAUUCUGAAAGGGAGGAUAAUCGCUUGGACUUGAAAACGGAUAAUGUCGGGCCAACUGCAGAAUUAACAACUAAAGAGGUGGACUGUGAAGCGUUUGAAGAAGUCUUCGAACCAACGGCGAGUGACAAUAUUGAAAGAGAUGAACAUGAGUCUAACGUCGAGAUUUUAAAAGAUGCAUUGGAGGAAGAGGAUAAUGAUGAUAAUCAAAGCGAAAGUGAAGGCGAAUCAGAAUGGUCAACUGGGUGGACAGAAGACCAAGAUGAGGCCUGGAUGCCAUACGAUGUGCAGCUCAAAUCAGUUAACAAAGAUUCAAAUCAAUCUCUUCUAUGCACCGAAUGUGGAAUGACCUGCAAGACGCAUAAGUCGCUGGCAAAUCACGUUGCCAGGCACAGACAAAAGGAGGAUCCUCAAAAGCCGCAUCUGUGCGACUAUUGCGGUCGGGGAUUCCGAACUAGCGCCCAACUGACGGUCCAUACGCGCAGGCACACCGGAGAGCGACCCUUCCAAUGCCCGCUCUGUCCAAAGUCGUAUACCCACGGACCGACUCUAAAGUCGCAUAUGCUCACCCACGAGGAGGAGAAGGCUCACAAGUGUCCGCAGUGCGACAAGGCCUUUUACACGUUAUCCAACAUGAGGGCUCACCAGCAGUGGCAUAAGGGUGACCGGCCAUACAAGUGCCCCGAAUGUCCACAGGCUUUUAUUAAGAACUCGGGCCUUAAGUUGCACAGCCGUUUGCACAAGGAGGAGCGACCCUUCAAAUGUGAGCUGUGUGGCAAAGGUUUUGUCCAGAGCCAGCAUCUGGUCACCCACUUGCGGGUGCACAACGAGGAUCGCCAGUUUAAAUGCCCCGACUGCGACAAGUCGUUCUACGAAAAGUCUAACAUGAAAAAGCAUCAGCGCACUCACACGGGAGAGAAGCCUUUCAAGUGCGAGGAGUGCGGUCAUGCCUUCUCGCAUAAUCAUCACCUGAAGAGCCAUUUACGCAUCCACACUGGAGAAAAACCCUACAAGUGCGACCAGUGCGGCAAGUGUUUCUGCGCGAAUCAGUCUUUGGCAAAGCAUCUCCUUUGGCAUGUGGAGAACAACGAUCGUCCGUACAAGUGUGCGCAUUGCGCCAAAGCCUUUGAGACUGAAGUGAGUUUACGGGGUCAUCAGAAGACGCACAAGAAGCCGGAUGAGCCGAAGACACUGCUCCAUUGUCCACACUGUGAAGUAAAGUUUGCCUUGCAGAAAACCUUGGACAAGCACAUCAUUAGCCAUAAGAUUCGCCCCUACCCUUGUCCGCAUUGCCCAGAAGGUUUCUUCUCCCAGAAAAGCUUUAAAAAGCACCAACGUACCUGUAAAAGUAAUACUUAAUUUUCCACACAUAGAAAAAGGGCUAAGCUAUUUUUUUUACAAACUUAGAAUCUAAGGCAAUAUUGCAAUCAAAACAAAGUUUUAAAAGUUUUUUUAAGGUUUUUGUUUAAAGUACAUCUAAGUGUUUGUUUGAGGACAAUACUAAAUUGUAAAAAUGUUAAUGAUUGCAAUUAUCAAGAAUAAGGGUUGUGGUAUAUUCGUAAGUUUAUUGGUAAUUUAUGUUAUUUAAACAAUCUAAAAUGUCAUUGUCCGUUCAUUAAGGCAAGUUUUGUCUGUUGCACAGUUUUUUAACGUUUCUGCGCUCCCUCCGAUUGCCAGCAUGAUAAAUAUUUUUUACUUGCUAUAACAUAAAUGCCUUGCUUACACAUAAUAUUUGCUUACGUACAGAUUUUGAUUUUCGUUUCACUUGAUUUUGAUGAAUCGCAACAGUUUCUCCCGAGAAGAGGAGGCUUUUUAAGCCCCCAACGUAAAGGCGCGAUAUGUUUUCAUUUUUUUUGAUUAUCAGUUAACAAUUAACACCUAAACGGGCCCAACAAGUAACAAAACAGGUUGUCAUAAAAAAAGAUCAAAUUUCUUUACCGCUUAAGUAUUACUUGUGGGGUCCAUAUAGGGAUUUAAGAACAAUUCUGGACAAACUAAAUAGAGAGAUAGAGGCGCAAAGCGUUCGCUUAUACGAUUUGUGUUUAAACAUAAGUACAAAUAGGGUUACAAUUACAGUAAUUACAGUAGGUACAAUAAUCAUAUCGAAUAUGCGGUAAGUGUUUAAAAUUAAUAAAGCGUAAUUAGAUAGAUUUUACUACGAACAGAAGAAGGUCGAUGCUUCCAGUAUACAAAUAACAAUAAAGUACAAUAUAUGCCUAGGCUCUCCGA